AUGAGUAACUGUUCACCCAAUCAGACAGUUAUUUAUGUUUCGGGAUUGUUCGUUAACGAAGCUCUUUCAUGGUGGAAUCUUCAAGUACAGACAUCAGGAGAUGCAGUUGCUUAUGCUAUUUCAUGGGAAAGAUUGAAAGAGAUGAUGCAAGCAAAGUGUUCAAGGGCAGAACUACUGAGAUUAGAGACAAAAUUUUGGAAUUUGACAAUGGUUGGUGUUGACAUCUAUGGCUAUACUCAACGCUUCCAUGAUCUCUCACGGGUUGUCCCAUACAUGGUGACCCCCGAGUUCAAAAGAGUUGAACGAUAUAUCUGGGGUUUAGCCCUUGCGAUCAGGAGUAUGGUCACGUCAUCGCAUCCGGCUACCAUGAUGCUUGCUGUGACGCUUGCUGUGAGUCUUACCGAAGAGGCGAAAGGAUCAGGGUUAAACAACAAGAAGAAAGAAAACCCCGCAGUGAAAAAGGGGAAAGCAUUUGUAGCUACUACUGAAACUGGACCGAAGGGAUAUGCUGGAAACACACCAAAAUGCAACAAGUGUGGAUACCAUCACUAUGGUGGAUGCCGAACCAAGUUGGGACACCGCUCUGAAGAUUGCUGGGGAAACAAUAAAAGAAAUAAGAAUGGAGAUAAGAAAGAGGGCGGUAGCGGAAAUGGAAACGAAAAGGGAAAGAACAAAGGUUGUUAUGGAUGUGGAGAUUUGGGGCAUUUCAAGAAAGAUUGCCCAAAAGAAGUUCAAGGCCAUGACUAUAGUUUUAUAUCGUUAGAGUUUAAAGAUAUGCUUAGACUAAAUUCAAAUAAAUUAGAGGCUCCUUUCGCUAUCGAACUAGCGAAUGGAAAAGUAAUCGAAUUUGGUGAGAUUAUUAGAGGAUGCUCUUUAGAGCUUGGCGAACGAAAGUUCAACAUCGACCUAUUACCCGUUCAAUUGGGCAGUUUCGAUAUCGUAGUUGGUAUGGAUUGGUUAUCUAAUAACUAA